GGCCACGUGAGGGACGCACGUUCAGUGGGGCGCUCACGUGACCGGGGCGCGCUGCGGCCGCCCGCGCUGAGCCGGCGAGAGGCGGCGGCGGGAGCAGCGGUGAUGGACGGGUCCGGGGAGCAGCCCAGAGGCGGGGGGCCCACCAGCUCUGAGCAGAUCAUGAAGACAGGGGCCCUUUUGCUUCAGGGUUUCAUCCAGGAUCGAGCAGGGCGAAUGGGGGGGGAGGCACCAGAGCUGGCCCUGGAGCCGACGCCCCAGGAUGCAUCCACCAAGAAGCUGAGCGAGUGCCUCAAGCGCAUCGGGGAUGAACUGGACAGUAACAUGGAGCUGCAGAGAAUGAUUGCCGCUGUGGACACAGACUCCCCCCGUGAGGUCUUUUUCCGAGUGGCAGCUGACAUGUUUUCUGACGGCAACUUCAACUGGGGCCGGGUUGUUGCCCUUUUCUACUUCGCCAGCAAACUGGUGCUCAAGGCCCUGUGCACCAAGGUGCCCGAGCUGAUCAGAACCAUUAUGGGCUGGACGAUGGACUUCCUCCGAGAGCGGCUGCUGGGCUGGAUCCAAGACCAGGGUGGUUGGGUGAGACCCCGCAACCUGACCGCACCCCACCUGGGAUCCCUCUGGGCCUUCCCGCACCACAGAGCUGCCCCCUCCCCAUUUUCAGAUCAUCAGAUGUGGUCUGUAAUGUGUCUCCUUACUUGUCCCAUCAACCAGAUUCAUGUAGUACCUGCUGGCCUCCUGGUGACCUCUGACCUUCCUGUGACCCCUGCCUUGAUCAGUGCCUUCUGCCCUCCCUGGUGCCUCCACUUCUGGAAUCCCUCAAGUUCAUUGACCCUAAUUCUUUACUACCCAUUCAUCUUAGGCCCUUGCCCCAACUCCUGCCCUCUGCCUCCCUAAUCCCUUGCGGGCUCACCCAGGGGCUGCCCCUGGCCAAGUUGCUGAAGUGACUGAUGUCCCUGUCCCCAGGACGGCCUUCUCUCCUACUUUGGAACCCCGACGUGGCAAACAGUGACCAUCUUCGUGGCUGGAGUGCUCACCGCCUCGCUUACCAUCUGGAAGAAGAUGGGCUGAGGCCCCCCCACUGCCUUGGACUGUGUUUUUUCUGCAUAAAUUAUGGCAUUUUUCUGGGAGGGGUGGGGAUUGGGGCACAUGGGCAUUUUUCUUACUUUUGUAAUUAUUGGGGGGGGGUGGGAAGAGUGGUUUUGAAGGGGGCAAUAAAUCUCCUUCAGGCCACA